CUGGGUGCGCCGGCGCCGAGCGGCGCGGCGGCCGCGGAGCCAUGGGCAAGAGCCGGGCGCGGCGGUUCCGCCGGGCCGCCUUCUGCCCCGCCGGCCCCGAGCCGCGCCGCGACGGGGAGAGCGGCCCCGAGGAGGAGCCGGCGGCGGAGCUGCUGGAGAAGCUGCAGCAUCCAAGUGCUGAAGUGAGAGAGUAUGCCUGUGCCAGCAUUUCCAAGCUGUUGCAGCAGAAGCAUGUAAUCCCAGCCUUUUUGCAGAGAGAUGUUGUCCGGUGUUUAGGACCAUUGUUGAUGGAUCACAGUUUAGCUGUUCGUGAGACAGCUGCAGGUGCUCUUCGAAAUCUGAGUGCUUGUGGAGGAUUUGAAGUCUGUGAUGACAUGGUGACAAAAGAUAUCAUGACACCCCUUGUUGCACUUCUGAAAGAGUGUAGCACUGGACUAGAUGCUAACCAGCUCUCUCCAAAGAAAUGCAGAGAGACGAACAAAAAUUAUGUUGAAGACAUAGCCAAUGAAGCUAUUAAUUUGCUGUGGAAUGUAUGUGAAUGCAACAAUACUGCAGUAUACAUAUUCAAUAAAGAAGGAUGUCUGGAGGCUGUGUUACAUUACAUGAAGAAAUUUUCCACGAAUGUGGAUCUGGCUAUUUCAGUAGCAAACUGCUUGCAAGCAGUGACGGAAGAUAAUCCAGAUCUUCUUUCUUCAUUUAAUGCUUCUGCACAACAAGUAUUGGAAACUGUCAUGUUGUGUCCAGAGAGCACAAUGAAGCAUAUCCUUCUGAGAACACUGAUAGCAGGUACUGUCUGGAAUAUCAAGGAUACCAUUCCACCAGGCAGCCUGGGAAGCAUGGUUAAUGCAAUCCUGAAGAUUUUUUCAGAAUCGUUAGCGAUAGAUGCUGGUGAAACAAUUAUUUGUAUGAAUGAAGCUGAAAAAAACAGGUUAAAACUUGCUACGGAGGCAGAAACAGAGGAAAAUAUGAGUCAUGUUACAGACAACUGUGUUUUGUGUGAAGAUGAUGACAUGGAAGAAAUACCAAAAGGAAAAGUCAGGAGAGAAAAUGACAUUUCAGAUCUUCUUCCAUCUGAUAAGUGGGAACUGAAAGAAGUGACAGCUUUACUGAUGGCUCAGCAAACUGCUCUGGAAAUCAUUGUUAAUAUGUGCUGCAGUGAAGAUCCCUCUGAUGAUGAAUGGGAAGAACUCUCCAGCAGUGAUGAAAGCGACUUAUUUAUGGAAAACUCAUACAAUGAGGGGAGUGGGCUGCUUAUGUCACCCCUGUGCCUCUCUGAUGAGGUUAACUCAGCAUUUCUGAACAACCUCAUUCCAAAGAAGAUUCUUGAAAAAACUGCUUUUCCGAACAGUGUUGCUCUAGACAUCUGUAUGCACAAUCCGUCUUGGAAACCAUUAAUUAAAAAACUGAAUGCAGUGCAGUGUAGAGCUUUAACGUGUCUUCAUAGCAUUUUGUUGGUGUCAGAUGUGGAUUGUCUUGGAGGAGCUUCAGCACUUCAGUCCCUUGCACAGCAUCUCUCACAGCUAGUCUUCUCUAAAACAGAACUCCCGACAGACACAGAAUUCCUGGAAGCCAUAACCAGCGCUUUGAGGGCUCUCCUACAAACAAUGGCAUCAAAUAACAUCUCCCAGUGUAUGACUCCUGAGCAGCUAUUGGCUUUAUGUGAAGCUGGUAUUCACAGCAGUAAUACCAGUGUUAGAGUGAAUGUAGUGAGCAUCCUUGGAAUUUCUGGCAGUGUCCUGGCAAAAGGGCAAGAUACAGCUGAAACACUAAAGAUGAUUGGAAAAUUUCUUCUGGAGGUUGCUAUGAAGGAAUCUUCUCUUGUGGUAGCAGGAGAAGCCUUGGAUGCACUUUUUGAUGUAUUUGCAGAUGGUAAAGAAGCAGAAAAGGCAGCGCUACAGAUCAAGUUGCUUCCAGCACUGAAAGAAUUUCAGCCAGUGUUCAAAAUGAGGAUGCGAAAAGAAGGCAAAGGACAAUACAGUACAGAUCAGCUGUGUGUUCUUGACAAUGUGAAGAUGAAUUUGAGAAGAUUCAUUGCGUAUCAGGAGACACUAGGGAAAACCCCAACUUGAAACAUCGAGGAACUUUAAACUAAGGUUUCCCUUAUUGAAUAAUGUUUUCCAAAAAUAUAACCGUUUUGAACUUCUAAAAUCUGUUGAGCAGAGCAGUUUUGCUUUCAUGUUAAUACUGCAUUUUUUUAUGUUCAGUAUUUUUAUACUUUUGGGUUGAUGCAAUAUGAAAGUCAGAUCAGUGUAAAAAACACAGCAUACUUUGAGUGUUAGCAGUGGUAAGAAUGUGCUUUUGCAGUCUUGAGGUCUGUACACAGCACCACUGUCAUUGUUUAGAAAUCUUUACAUAUCCUGGCAGAGAACUGUAUUUGCAGGACAAAGUCAUUUGGAGAAUAUUCUUGGUUAUGUUUCAGAUCAAGAAAAAAAAAAUUAAAAGCUCAAGGUAUUUUUCAGGGAAUUGAGCAGUGGCAGAAUGUUCGUAUUUGCUGUUUGCUCUUACCUAUGUCGAGAUUUGCACAGGCACCUAUGGCAAACUCCCCAAGAGAACUGUGUGACUAGCAUGUAGAUUACUGUCAGCACUUGGAUCUGUUACUUCAUGAGGUUUUUUGAAGAGAAAGCUGUUUCAGAUUAAUUUCUGAUAAAGUCAGUAUGAUAGCUUUUUGCUGUGGAAAUCAGCAUAAAGAGGAUCCUAGACUUAAACACAGUUCCCUGGUUUUACUUUAUUUUGAUUGGUACUUCUGAAAAUCAAGUCUCCUGACUUACUUUCUUCCUUGUAAUUUGACAGGAGGAUGAAUUUGAAUUCAGGGAAGUAGUAAACCCAAUAAAAAUAUCUUUAUAUGCUGAGGUAUUAUCUAAAGUAACUUUAUAAUUGCUUAAAUUAUCUUUUUCGUAUAUUUGUGAUAGAGAUUUUUAGGGUGUAAAAUAGAGAAACUAUUUUCAAAAAAUGUCACUGAAUCAUGUAGAUUGUAUGUGAACUUCCAUAUAUCAAAAGCUUUGGUUUUAUUUCUGUGAAUGAGAUCCUCUCAUACACAUUUUUUUACGGAAAAAAGCCCACAACCAAACACGAAAACAUUUUGUUACUGCUAUUUUUGAAAUGGGAAGCUUUUGCCUCUCUUAACAUGCUGCCUUAGCACAGGCAUCUAGUUUUUGGCACAAUUUUGCCCAUGGUGUUAGGCAUGGAACUGUAAAGACCAAAUUUGCUCAGUUUGUUAGAUUGCAGACUCUUAGAUUGGAAAGCAGGCUCAGGGACCGACCAGAUAACUUGCAAAUGACUGACGUUAUGAAAUCCUGACAUACAGUAUUUUGUCAAAUGCAAGAGAAAUUGAAAAAUAAGUUUAAGCAGCUGUACUGCUUGGAAGUCCUGUUAUUGCUAUUACUUUACAGGAGUUGGAUGAAAUGUGUGAUGUGAUGCGAUGCCUGCUAAUCAAAUGAAUGAGUGAGAAUGUGGGAUCGGGAGGGCUCAGGGGCCAUUGAGCCAGGCCUGGAGAAGUCCAGAAGUCAGAGGGAGCACAGAGCAGUUGAAAGGUUAUCCAGGGAUUUGGCAGGGGCAGGCAGUGAAGAGGGCUGGAGUGUAACAGCUGAGGAAAGAGUAGCUAGGUCGAUAAUGGCAUAAGACUGCGCGGUGCGUGGAUUUUAAUCCUAGUGUUUGCUUAUACUUGCUGUAUACUAAGGGUAGUAUAAUAUUAGCCUGAGAAAAAGUAUUAAUGUUAGUUUGGAGCACUUAAAAGGACAUUCACACUGGAAGUUCUGCUUUCAUUUUCUGGGUGCUACAUUGAACUGCAGAUGAUCUAGGUUGGAAAGGGUCUCUGGAGGUCUCUUAGUCCAGUCCCCUGCUCAAAGCAGGGCUGACUUUGGUGUCAGGUGGGUUGAGCAACUCCAAGGAUGGAAAUCCCACAGAUUUCCAGUGCUUGACUGCCCUCGCUGUGCACUUUUUUUUUUUUUUCCCUUUUUUCUUUUUCCCCUGGUACCUUCCCCUGCUGCAGAAUGCACCCCUUGUCCUUUGACUGCACAGCACCAAGAAGAGGCUGGCUCCAUCUCAUCUUAUAACCCCCAUCUGCUAGUUGAAAACAAUUAUAUUCCCCUCUUCCCCAGGCCAGAUAAACUCAGCUCCCUCAGUCCUUCCUUGUACACUGUGUAUUCUAGCCCUCUAACCACCUUGGUGGCCUUCUGCUUGACCUGCCCCACUGUCUUGUACUGGUGGGCCCAAAACUGGACAGAGUACUCCAGGUGUGAUCUCAUGAGUGCUGAAUAGAGGGAAGUAGUCGGUCAUCUUGACCUGCUGGCUAUGCUGCUGCCAAUGCAGCCCGUUUUUUGUUUUUUUUGUUAGCCAUCAUCACUGCAAGGGUGCCCUGCUGACUUCUCUUCCACGUACUGUCCACCAGGACCCUUAGGUCCUUCUCUCCAAAGCUGCUCUUUGGCUACUGGGUCAAGAACUUGCUUUGUUUCAUGGAAUUACUCUGUCCCAAGUGCAGGACUUUGCAUUUUACAUCAAGUGUAGCAGUCAGAAUCUGCUUCCUGGGAACUGGUAGGACAAUGAAGUAUGUGAUCUUUUUGUGUAGGAUUUUUGUGAGGAGAAACGUUUCCUCUUCAAAUAUGAAUCCGAAAGUUGCAGAUAAACUUAUAGAAGAUAGGGAAUCCACUAGAAAACCUGGUUUUCUUAAUAUAACCUAUCAGACCCUGUUUUUUUCCUUCAAGUGAAAAGACACACUGUCAUUUAGGUCGUAAACUAUUCCAGCAGUAGCAUGGAUUAUUUUUUUUUUGCUAUGCACUAAUCAGUUGAAUGUCUUAAAAAAAUAAUGUGUCCUAAUAGGAUAGUUGCAUAGUAUGAACCAUAUCAUUUGCAGAAAUACAUGACUUUUAGCACUUAAAAUACUUGCUUCUGCCUUCUAGUACACAUGCCAUUUCUAGCUAGUAGUGGAAAAUGAGGACGUGCAAAGGCAUUUUGGUUUCGUGUGAGUUUGUACUAAAGCCCUGACGUACAAGAACUUGAACAAUCCCUUGACCCAUCCCUUUCAUCUGAGGAGACCACAGCACUUGAAUGGGGCUGUCUGGCUGAGGGCACGAAACACUGACAAGCUGGUGGCUCUGUCACCAGCUCACCAGCUAUGGUUGGGUUGAGAGACAGGUAAGCUGUCCCUGCUUUCUCUGAAUGAGAGAACCUUACUCUGCCUAGCUACCAGUUUAGUGUAACUUCCUUUUGGUGUUUAAUGGGCUUGCAACUGAACGAGAGGUAAUAAUUUUGUACAUUAAUUUAAAAAGCACAUUCUGCUUAUAAGGGACAAGAUAGAGGAUGAUAGGAAAAGUGUGGAAGACUUUGAAGACUUUUGUCUGUGGAAAACAAGGCAACUUCCCAGUGCUUUAAAGAAGUGUCAGGUGGGGGCCUGAAAACCAGAUGAGAUUUAUAAGUACAGAAGAGCUAUGCUGUAAGAUGGGGGCUAUAGAAGUUGUUCUGACCCAGUUAAGGAAAAUUAAGGCAGCAGCAGAAGUGACGAUGUGGUGCAAAAAAAAAAUGUUUCAGGGGCUCUUUUGGCACUGGUUUAUUUAAGAAGGUUUAGGGUAAGCUUGAGAUGAAGGCAAGAUCCUUGACAGCCUACAAAGGCAAAGACAGAUCUUGACGAUAAUUUGAGGGUGGCAGAAAUUGGACUGAUCUAGACAGUGUGCAGCAUAAUUAAAUAGAUGUUAAAUAGACGUAAGUGAUCUUCAUCAGUUCAUGUAAUCACACAGAUGAGACUGGUAUCAAAAAAGGUAUCUGAAACUGAAUUUGUUUGCUUAUCCUGGUCCUUAAGGCAUCAUCUUGUCUGUGCUUCAACUAAAAACUGCAGUCCUUUGAAAGUAUGGAUUGAUGCUUUAUUUGUCUCCCUGUCUGACACCUAGCACAACAGAAUCUGGCUCUGAGUUGAGAUUUUAUACCAAAAUACGUACUGAAUUUAAAUCAGUCUAUGGUACUAAGUAAAGAGUGUGAAGAAGGCUGUGGGCUCCCCGCCCCAUUCAGAAACAGUACGACCGGUGGCAUUUGCUGCUGCUUUGGCCUCUCUGCAGCCUGCAAAAUGUUGAAUCCAGCUGUGUAGAUAAGACGUUAUCGUUGCUAUGUGGUUUUAUUUUUGCUCUCUAUGAAAAACAACUGGUAAGGCUUAACUAAGCAUUUGUUGUGCAGUACUUCUUAUGUGUCACGCCUUGACAAUCAGAAGAUGGCUGUAUACCACAUUAUAGUCAAUAGUUCAACUAUUUGGGGGUUGUGGUGUGUGUUGAAGGUAUUUUUUUGCACAGUAUGUUUGUUUUUUUUUUAAAAAAAAGAUUGUUGUCUUAGAGGAACAAAAAUAACUUUAACCAGUAUUAUUUGGCUUGGGUUUAUGUUUUGUGUUUUGAGAUAAAAUAUUAAAAAAACCCCAAAGCACAGUAAAAUUACGAAGUGAGAACUGUGUUACAGAACAAAUUCAUUAAGAUCUGCUUGUAGUUUAAGUAUUACAAGUGAAAUGCAUAUCUUGUGGAAUAUUAACGUAAAACAACCAACCAAAAAUGUGCAUUAAUUCAAGUUCUGUUUCCUUAGUAAGUAAUUUUCAGUAAAAGCAUUCCCAGGGGAUUGCAUAGAAAUGCCUAGCUGCACAUUUAGUGUUGCAAAUUCAAAUUCAGGCAAUGGUAGUGGUAAUUGAAAAUAAUGUUCCUCCUUUCUGGUGCAGGUGAAUUGAGCAAACAGUGUAAAUACAGUUUGCGCUGGACAUACUGUUAAGAUAUGUAACAUUAGGGUAACUGGCAAAACCUGAAAACUGUUUAACAGUCACUGUAGAAUAAGGAAUUUGAAGAUUUUCCACAAAGGCUGAAACAUGGUGAGCCUCUCUGUCUGAAGAAGCUUAUACUUGAGCAGUGGGGUUUUUUGUCUAAUUUUGAAAUAAAUUUAAGCCAUUAACUUUUGUACCUUCCAAGAAAAAUAGCGUGCGUUUAAAUGAAUUCACUCUAAUUUC